AUGAUGAACGGGCUGGACACCCCGCCCCCUAGUGCGGGCGCCCACGCCCACCACCUGGCCAAGAUGAGGGUCACCCAGAAGAUACAGUCCCCCUCCACGCCCCUCACGCCCCUCACCCCCGUCGCCUCCACUACCCCGGCUUUCAUCCAGGUCACCCACUUCGGCGAGGAGAACGUCAUGGAAGCCUAUGUGGCUGCCUGUGUGACAGCCUAUGUGGCUGACUAUGUGACAGCCUAUGUGGCUGCCUAUGUGGCAGCCUAUAUGACUGCCUAUGUGGCUGCUUAUGUGACUGCCUAUGUGGCAGCCUAUGUGGCUGCCUAUGUGGCUGCCUAUGUGGCAGCCUAUAUGACUGCCUAUGUGGCUGCCUAUGUGACAGCCUAUGUGGCUGCCUAUAUGACUGCCUAUGUGGCAGCCAAUAUGACUGCCUAUGUGGCUGCCUAUGUGACAGCCUAUGUGGCAGCCUAUAUGACUGCCUAUGUGGCAGCCUAUAUGACUGCCUAUGUGGCUGCCUAUGUGACUGCCUAUGUGGCAGCCUAUAUGACUGCCUAUGUGGCAGCCUAUAUGACUGCCUAUGUGGCAGCCUAUAUGACUGCCUAUGUGGCAGCCUAUAUGACUGCCUAUGUGACAGCCUAUGUGGCUGCCUAUAUGACUGCCUAUGUGGCUGCCUAUAUGACUGCCUAUGUGGCAGCCUAUGUGACAGCCUAUGUGGCAGCCUAUGUGACAGCCUAUGUGGCAGCCUAUGUGGCUGCCUAUGUGACAGCCUAUGUGGCUGACUAUGUGGCAGCCUAUGUGACUGCCUAUGUGGCAGCCUAUAUGACUGCCUAUGUGGCAGCCUAUAUGACUGCCUAUGUGGCAGCCUAUAUGACUGCCUAUGUGGCAGCCUAA